AUGACUGGAGCGGACGCCCGACCUGAGGCACCGAGCCUUUAUGCCUGUUGGGCCGACAACAACAACCGGGAGGUUCGGGCGAUUGCCAGCUGGAACUGGGCGACCGAUGUUUGGGCGUGGGAAGUCAACUUAGGCAGCGAAACCGACCUAACGCAUGCAGUUACUGCUGCGCACCGUGGGGUUGAGACGCAGAUCCGGGUGGCGCAGAGCGGGACGCAUGCUCAGCUGCACUCCAACCCCGUGCUGGUAGAGGAGAAACCCAUCUUCAACGGCGAUGUCGCUGCUACGGAGUCCAUCCUGAAUGAGAAGACCGCCGAGGCAGAGCCUGAACCAGAAACUGCGGCUACGGAAACACAGGAGCAGACCCAAGAGGCUGCUGCAGAACCGGCCCAGGAUGAACAACCUGCGGACGCUACUCUACAAGAGCCCGAGUCAGAACAACAUGCAACGGAGCCAAGUUCCGAACAAGAACCCUCCACCGUUCCAGCGGACACAGAGCAGACGUCGGAAGAACCGACUGCUGAAGACCCCGCUACGACAGACGAUGCCCCGGAAACUGCUGCUGCGGUUCCCGAUGCUUCGAAUGAAGUGGAUCAAACCGACCUUGGAGUAGCAGGUGACGAGACCAUCCGCGCAGACGAAACUGUUCCAGAGGCUGAAACCGAGAAAACUGCCGAGGAGCCUGUUACUGAGGCUACCCCAGAGGAGACGACAGAGGAGCCUGUCGCUGAGAGUCAAGCUGCCGAACCCGUCGCUGAGGAAUCUGAGGCUCCAGAGGAGACUCCAGCGGUUGAAGAAGCUUCUACCGAACCAGCUGCUGAGGCUACUGAACAACCUGUCGCAGAACCCACCACCGAUGAGCCACAGCCUGAGGAAACAACUGAGUCUGCCAAUGAGCCGGUGGAGGAAUCUGCCCAAGAGCCAGCUGCUGAGGCUACUACGGAAGCCAAUCCAGAGCCUGUGGAAGAGAACACUACAUCCGAGCCAACUGCAGAGGCACCGAAUGCUGAUGCAGCCCCAGCUGAAGAGUUUAAGCCAGAGGAGCCCGCUCCCGAGGCUGCUGCGGAACCAGCCACCGAAGAAACCCCAGAACCAGUCGCUGAAUCUUCUACUGAACAGCCCGCCGCUGAUGAAGGUCUCUCCAAGCCUGCGGAGGAGCCUUCGAUGAACGAGACAGUUGAAGAGCCAGCCACCGGUGUUCCGGAUGAGAUGGCCGAAGAGAAGACUACUGACGAGGCUAUUGAGCCCUCUACCGAGGAAUCUACCUCUGGCGUUUCUAAUAAAGUUGGUGAAGAGACGACUGCCACGGAGGAGCAAGACAAACAACCAGCUGAAGAGCCGGCCUCUGUUGUUUCUCCUGACGCUACCGAGGAGCACGCUGUUGCUGGGUCUGCCGCGGAAGCGGUUGAGGAGAUGGCUAUUGAGGAGGAUACGACCGCUGAGACUGUUCCUGCCGAGGCAGUGCAGGAGCCUGGCACUGAGGCUCCGGUAGAACAACCUGCUGCCGAGUCUGCCGUGGAAGAGUCCGCUGGUGUUGAAGAGCCUGCUGCCAUGGAAGAACCCGCUGCCGUGGAAGAACCUGCUGCUGCCGAAGAGUCUGCUCCUGCUGCUGAGCCUGCUGUGGAAGAACCUGCCGUAGAAGAGCCCUCUGCUGUCGGAGAGCCUGCCGUCGACGAACCGGCGCCUGAAGUUUCUGCGAAGGAUACGACCACUGAGGAGCCCGUUGAAGCGAGCGAAGACGCCCCGGCCAGGGAAGAGCCCUCCUCUGAGCAGCCUGCUACGGCUGAAGCAGCCACUGAGGAUACGACUACUUCCGCUGUUGAGGAGCCAGCCGCCGAGACACAAGCUGAACCCGUCGAGGAAUCCACCAAGGAGAUCCCUGCCGAAGAGCCUGCUGCCAAAUCUUCUACCCAGGAUGAAGCCCCAACCGAAACUGCCACCGACGAGCCCCUAAAGGAGGAUGUCACGGAACCGACUGAAGACAAGCCAGUGGAAGCUGAACCCACUGCUGCAGAGUCGACUGCUGAAGAAAUCGCUCCACCAGUUGAGGAGACAUCUGUCGAACAAACGACCACCGAGGAGCCGGCUCCUGCGACUGAAUCAGCCUCUGAGGCACCAGCUGUUGAUGACACUCUUGUUGAACAAGCCUCAGAAGUUGCGCCAGCGACUGAGCAGACCGAAGAGGCCAACACUGCUUCAGAGGAGCCUGUUGAGGAAGCACAGCCCGAGCCUGUGGCUGAGUCGACUGCUGUGGAGGAGACCGCUGGUGAGGAGUCUUCUCAGCAGGAACCCCCCGAGACUCCUGCCGUUGACGAACCUGUGCCUGAGGAUCCUGCUGCAGAAGUUGACCAAUCUGCUUCUGAGCAACCGGCUGAAGAUCCUAUUUCGGAGGAACCUGCGGCUCCAGAGCCUGUGUCUGAGGUUUCCCCUCCAGUCGAGCAGCCUACUACCGAUGGAGCCGCUGAGCCAGCUGAUGCUGAUAACACUCCCACCGAGGCUCCUGCUGUGACCGAGUCCGUCGCCGACACUCCUGUGCAGGAUGUGGCACCGGCAGUUGAAGAACCUGUUCAGGAAGACUCUGCGGAGGAGAAGGCUGCUGCUCCCACUGCCGAGGGUGCAGAGCCUGAGCAGGCAGAUGAAACAAUGCAGCCCGAGGCACCUUCUGAGCCAGCCGUGACUGAGCCUGAACCUGAGAACAAAGAAGUUCCUCAAGACGCGGAAGUGGGCACUACAGAUGAACCUGCUCAACCCGAGGCGCAACCCCAACAGACUUCUGCAACUGAACCCACGGAGGAGCCUUCUCAGCAGGAAGAGCACGAUGAUGUUGCGAAAGAUCAUGCCCUGACUCCGGAGAUCCUCGGCGCUGGUGUUGCAGCUGCAGCCGGUGUUGCUGCCGUUGGGGUGGUAUCUGCAUCGCAGGAACCCGAGACAGUGGCACCUGCGGAAGAAGAACAGGCCUCCCAGACAGUAGAGGUGGCUAGUGAGCCCGCUAUCAAUGGCAAGGACGCCGAGACCAAAGCUCCAGCCACGGAGGCGCAGCCUGAAGACGGUAAGCCGGCGCCGUUCCUCUUGAACCGUUCCUCUGUUCUGUCUUUGGAUGCUGAUCCGGUUCUUGCAGCCCUCGCCGGUGACCGCGAAGCCCUCCUCCGAAAGCUCAACAUCCCCUCCACGGACCAGCUCGCCACCGCAGCCAGCGCCAGUGACGAACAACCAUCGACUAGCAAGAAGGCCCAUGUGGAGGACGCCAGCCCAGAAGUAGUCGAAGAACCUGAAGCUUCCACCAGCAAGUCCGCGGCCGCGGCUGGUAAGACGGAUGAAGAUGCUCGUCCCCCGAGCCAGAACCGGUCAGUGACUGCUGUUUCUCUGAAUAAUGCACCUGACAGCUGGCUCAAGGCGAUCUGGCGCAACGUCUUUGUCAACUUCUUUGGUGCUAUUUUUGCGCCCUUCCGCCGUCGCGGAAAGGGCAGCAAGAAAUAA